AUGGCCAGUUCCUCAGACAGUGAAGAUGAUGGUUUCAUGGCUGUGGAUCCAGAAGAUGCUGUGGUGGAAGGGACAAUGGAGCAAGAUGAUGAGCCACAUCCUGAGCUGGAGGUGGAGGAGACCAGGCAUAACAGAUCAAUGCUGGAACUCCCAGAAGAGGUUUUGGAAUACAUCCUCUCCUUCCUUUCACCCUACCAGGAGCACAAAACUGCUGCCCUUGUCUGCAAACAGUGGUAUCGACUGAUCAAAGGUGUGGCCCAUCAGUGUUACCACGGCUUCAUCAAAGCGGUGCAAGAAGGAAACAUCCAGUGGGAGAGUCGCACUUACCCCUACCCUGGCACCCCCAUCACCCAGCGCUUCUCACACAGUGCGUGUUACUACGACGCCAACCAGUCCAUGUACGUCUUCGGGGGCUGCACCCAGAGCAGCUGCAACGCGGCCUUCAACGACCUCUGGAGGCUCGACCUCAACAGCAAGGAGUGGAUCAGGCCCCUGGCUUCAGGUUCCUACCCCUCGCCCAAGGCUGGGGCCACACUGGUGGUCUACAAAGACUUGCUGGUGCUGUUUGGUGGGUGGACACGACCAAGCCCUUACCCCCUGCACCAGCCAGAGAGGUUCUUCGAUGAGAUCCACACCUACUCACCCUCCAAAAACUGGUGGAACUGCAUCGUGACCACCCACGGCCCCCCACCCAUGGCAGGACACUCCUCCUGUGUCAUUGAAGACAAAAUGAUCGUUUUUGGGGGUUCGCUGGGAUCUCGGCAAAUGAGUAACGACGUCUGGGUGCUGGAUCUGGAGCAGUGGGCAUGGUCCAAGCCCAACAUCUCAGGGCCCAGCCCUCACCCCCGAGGUGGCCAGUCCCAGAUCGUGAUAGACAACGAAACCAUUUUAAUCCUUGGUGGCUGUGGUGGUCCCAACGCACUGUUCAAAGAUGCCUGGUUACUUCACAUGCACGUGAACCCCUGGACCUGGCAGCCCCUCAAGGUGGAGAACGAAGACCAGGGAGCCCCGGAGCUGUGGUGCCACCCUGCCUGCAGGGUGGGACAGUGCGUGGUGGUCUUCAGCCAAGCUCCCAGCGGGAGGGCCCCACUGAGCCCCAGCCUCAACUCCCGCCCAUCUCCCAUCAGCGCCACCCCCCCCGCCCUGGCUCCCGAGACGCGGGAAUUUCGCUCCCAAUCUCCCGUCAGGAACACGGAUGAAGCUCCUUGUGUCAACGGCCGCUGGGGCACCUUGAGACCCCGAGCACAGAGACAAACCCCUUCGGGAUCCCGGGAAGGCAGCCUCUCCCCAGCCAGAGGGGACAGUUCCCCGGUGCUCAAUGGUGGGAGUUUGUCCCCCGGGGCCCCGAGUGGGGGCUCCCUGGGCAGCCCCGUGCAGGUGGUCUCACCCUCCGCAGCCGAGGGCUACGACCCCAAAGCGGGGCUGGCCCUGGCACCGCGCCGGGGGUCCCUGCCCGAGCAGAAGGACCUGAGGUUGGGAUCCGUCGAGCUGAGCUGGGAACAAAAACCCAGCUCCGUCAUCUGCCAGAUGGAGGCUGUGGAGGGCAGGACAGUGAGGAACCCACCCGAGCAAACCAACGGCGCCCACACCCCGCCCCACGGCACCAGCUCCCUCCCCGGGGCUGUGUCCCCCGGCGCGCUCCGCAGGAGCCUGGAAGCUGUCAAAGCUCUUUCUUCCAAAGGUUCCUCAGCUUCUGCAGCCUUGAGCCCACCCUUGGCUUCUUCUCCAGGGUCUCCAAGCUCCGAGACAGGCUCAUCAGCACGUCCGGGCUCUACCCAAGGUGAUGGCCAUUCCAUACCUCCCAUCGCCCGCCGCCUGGGCCACCACCCUCCCCAGUCCCUCAACGUGGGGAAGCCUUUGUACCAGAGCAUGAACUGCAAACCCAUGCAGAUGUACGUCCUGGACAUUAAAGACACCAAGGAAAAAGGACGAGUCAAAUGGAAAGUGUUCAACAGCAGUUCUGUGGUGGGACCACCCGAAACCAGUUUACACACGGUGGUUCAAGGCCGAGGGGAGUUGAUCAUAUUUGGUGGCCUCAUGGACAAGAAACAAAACGUGAAAUAUUAUCCCAAAACAAAUGCCUUGUACUUUGUGCGAGCAAAGAGAUAA